AAACCUUGUUCACACAAACCUCCGCUCCAAGACAAAACGGAAGCAGGCAUCUCCCACACCAAAAAGCGAAGCCCUUUCGUCGAUCUUCCUUCCACCUCCACACCGAUCCCAAAACCCUAGCCGGAGUGGCCAAGGAAGCGGCGGCGGCGGCGAUGAGCACCCCUGUCCCGAUGGACCGCGCGUCGGAGCGCCUGUGGCGGGAGCGGGGCCAGGACCCGCGGGACCUGGAGGCGCUCGUCGGCCGCAUCCUCUCCUACAUCCACACAGUCCUCCCGCGCCCGCCCUCCUCCGCCCACGGCCCCGCUCUCCUUGCCGCGCUCCUCCCGCACGACGACCUUGACCGUCUCUCCCUCCUCCCCGACGAGCUCCUCUGCAACGUCGUCUCCCGCCUCCCCGUCGCCGACGCGGCCCGCACCGGCGCGCUCUCCCGCAGCUGGCGCGGGGUCUGGCGCUCCGCGCCGCUCGUCCUCAUCGACUCCCACCUCCUGCGCUCCGGCGGAGCCCAAGACGACCCGGGACUGCAGGUGGCGCGGGCGGACGCACGGCGCGUGACAUCCGCCGUGUCCCGCAUCCUGGCCUCGCACCCGGGCCCCUUCCGCUGCGUCCACCUCACCACAAGCUACAUGGAAGAGUUCCGGGGCCUGCUUGCGCGCUGGCUCCAGCUCCUCGCCGUCAAGGGCGUCCAGGAGCUCGUCCUCGCCAACCGCCCGUGGCCGCUCGACCUCGACCUCCCAGCCGCCUUCUUCGGCAUGCCCACCCUCACCCGCCUCUACCUCGCCCUCUGGAAGUUCCCUGAAACGGCUGGACUGCCACGCGCUGCCGGCUUCCCCAACCUCCGCGAGCUCGGCCUCUGCACCGUCGUCCUCGAGGCCCGGCACAUGGACUUCAUCCUCGCCAGGAGCCCCGUGCUGCAGAUCCUAUGCCUCCAGGGUAACUUGCUCAUGGAUCGCCUCACCCUCCGUAGCCACAGCCUCCGCUGCGUGCAGAUGAUCUCAGCCUCCGAUCUGGAAAUUGGUCUGGAGGACGCCCCCCAGCUCGAGCGUCUCAUCAUCUGGUCUGCGAUGGGAUCCAUCCGCGAAGGAAUCACAGGCUCGUGCAAGAGAAUCACGAUUGGACAUGUCCCCAUACUAAGCAUAAUUGGCUACUUGGAGCCAGAAUUGCACACGCUAGUGGUCGGCAACACCAUCAUCAAGGCUGGGACAAAGGCGAUUCCAACAACCAUGGUACCAACUGUCAAGAUCCUUGGCUUCAAAGUGCGUUUCGGUGUCCGCAAGGAAGCCAAGCUGUUGCCUUGCUUACUCGGAUGCUUUCCCAAUGUUGAGAGGCUGCAUAUCGAGUCCAAGAAAACUUCUGAGCCCACUGGCAAGCUCAGUGUCAAGUUCUGGGAGGGGUCCGGUGCCAUCGAAUGUGUCCAGUCACACAUUAACUUGUUGAUCUUUCGUAACUUCAGAGGGGAGCGGAGCGAGCUUUCCUUCCUCAAGUUCUUCCUGGAGAGGGCACAUAAGCUGAAAAGGCUGGUGAUUGUGUUUGGCAAAGGAACCUUCACUUCAAUGUCCGAGGCCAAGUCCAAGGUGAAACCUCUCUACGACGCAAAAUGGGCCAGUAAAUGCUGUUCACUGCUACUCUUUGAGUGUUUCUUUGCUGAAGGUCAAGGAGCUGAGUUAGAGAACUUUGAAAGAGGAUCUAACUUUUCAGUGAGGGACCCUUUUGCCGUCAUCGUCAGAGCUUAGUUUCUAAGUGCUCUGUUGGUGCAUCUACAUGAAAGACACUGUUUGGGAAUUGGGAUCACUGGCUUGUGUUUUUUGGAAAUCCGGCAGGGUUCUUGGUUCUGUUGGCAGUAUUACCUUCAAAUGUUUAAGUCAGUAGUACCUUGCAACGGAGAAGUUUUCAUGUAGUUCAUUUAUUUAGCUUUGUCCUGCAGUUGACUAUGUGAUAUGUUUAUAUAUCACAGAAUUCUGCUAAAUGUGUGGCAGAUAUUCGUUAGACAGAUAUUUUAGCUAAUCCAUGCUUUGUUUACCGUUUAUUGCUUGAAUAUUGUGCCAUUCAGCCAUUGUGCCUUCAA